GUCUCUCAACUCUUGUGACGGUGUCCGUACAAAGAUACAAGCGCGAAAGGGCUUCGUCUUCUCAAUCUUAACCAAACGUCCUUGAAAUCGCCCUGAGUACAUAAACAUUAUCUACCAAAUGGGAAAAACCAAUCCCGAUGAAAAGAUUCUCAGCUACAAUGAUGUUGUACUCCGACGAUCAGACUUGGACAUCCUCAGUGGCCCAUAUUUUCUCAACGAUCGAAUCAUUGAGUUCUAUUUCAGUUAUCUAUCAUCGUGUUCUGAGGAGAUCCUGCUGGUUCCACCUUCGAUUGCAUUCUGUAUAAUGAAUUACCCAGUUGGUCAAGGCCUGACGGAGUUCCUACAACCUCUUCAUUUGCCUGAGAAAAAACUGGUAAUCUUUCCCAUCAACGACAAUGAUGAUGUGAGUGAAGCUGGAGGCGGGUCUCACUGGAGCCUACUUGCAUUUGAGAGAAACGCUAACAAAUUUUUUCAUCAUGAUAGCAAUAGGGGGAUGAAUAGUAUCCACGCCAAACGACUUUACAACGCUGUUGUUAGCUUUAUGAGUGUCUCCGGUUCUGCAACUAAGCCCGUUUAUCAAGAGUGUAACUCUUCACCGCAGCAAAUGAACGGUUAUGAUUGUGGCCUUUAUGUGUUGGCCAUUGCAAGGGUUAUAUGCAGCUGGUAUGGAGAGAGAGACAAAGAUGGAGAUAAAAUGUGGUUCUCUGCUGUGCAGGAGCAGGUUACCCCAAAUGUUGUUGCCAGAAUGCGAAAUGAGAUCCUCGGGCAGAUCAGAGAUCUCAUGCCCAUUAAGUGAGGUUUUGGGAAGUCUUUAAACACAAAGUAGUUUAUUAGAUAGAUCUGCUUGCUUGAUACAAGACGAUUGUAGAAAUCCGUUCGGUUCCUUUAUUUUUUUGAUAUGAGAUGCUUGUAGAAUUCUUCUAGAACAUGCCCACUUCCCUUGGUUCUUGGACCAGGAACAUAAGCACACUGGCUAGUAGAAGCAUUUGAUGGCAUUCUAGAGCUUCAGAAACUCCAUAUUUAUAGUACUCUAUGCAGGUUUUCCUAUAGUUUUUUGUGUUCUCUGAACAUCUCUAUGCUCCAACAAAAAGCUGAAUUUUGCAUGUUGACCAAUUUUCUCUGCUCCUUGUAGGUGGCAGAAUAGCAUUGAAUGAAGGAUUUUAAACUGUA